AUGAAUGAUAUCAAUAAGUACGAAUCAAUGACAGUAUGCAUAAAAUUAUAAAUUAUUCUUGGUAAUCUGUCUGAAGGAGAGUGGAAAAAACAUCAGAAAUAUUUUAAAAAAAAAAGAUAUACAAAUGAAAUCAGUUUGUGCAUUAUUGAUUUUAUAUAUGCAGGAUAAUUACAGGAUGAUCAAAGAAAUGGAAUUUUUCACACAUUAAAUCAAAAUGUAUUUUAAUAGUAACAACAAUAAGAGGUCUAAAAGUCAAUACAGAAUGGAUAAAAAUCUAAAGUUGACGAUCUUGAAAAUAAAAUUAAUGAAAGGAUAGAAGAAAGAAGAAAUUUUUAAAUUGAAUAGGAUAAUUGGUUAUUAAAAUAUCUUUCAAAUAGAAAAGUAUCUGUCAUUAAAAAUAAUCUAGAAGGAUAAUAAUAGGCUUAUCUGAAUUUACAUAACCCAUUAAAGAAUUUUUUAGUUAAUUAAAUCAAUUCAAAUAGUAGACUAUACAAUAAAAUAAAUUGA